AUGGCGGCCUCUGUUGAUGAAUAUAAAAAUAGUACACGCCUUCAUUUAUUAGUGAAGGAUGAGCAUAAUUUGCUAGAAGGUUUGCACAUAGUUGUCAAUUUUGAUAGACAACAUGCAGCAAUAGGAGAAGCAGCUGGACUCCUUGUAGGAGUUUGUGGGCAAUUGGUCACUGAUUGUGUAGUAUUUCCAAUCAGUUUUGAUAAGUGGUCAGACAUUCCAGAGAGCUUUUUUGAAAAUCAAUGUAAUAUUUUUUUCCAAGCUCGAUUUUGCUUCAAAGUGUGUGAUAGCUUGGCCAAACGAUUUCUGCUCCAAUCGCUUGGCAAAAAAUGGAGGAAACAUAGGAUAUUGCUUUGGAAUGAUUUUUAUGAUCCGAGGUUGAGUAAAACCGAGACCAUAAAUAAUACACCAGAAGAUAUUGCUCUUGAUCAAUGGGCUUUAUUCGUAGAAUAUCGUUUGAAGCCUGAAACUCAGACGGAAGAGACGGGAAAAGAAGUUAAUAGGGUUCAAAUGUGGGAUAUCACUCACAAGAAAAUAGAUGGAAGUUAUGUUAAUGAAAAGGCUAAAGAAAUAGCGGAGAAGAUUGAAGCAUAUAAUAGUCAACAAGCAGUGGAAUCAAUCGUUAAUUCUCCUUUUGAUCUUGGGAAAGAGCACCCUGGUCGUGUUCGAGGUUUAGGCAUGGGAGUUGUUCCAACAGUUUCUUUCAAGAACAACACUACAAGAAUUAGUCAGAUGAAUUUAGGUUCUUCAAAUGAUGUUGGCACAUCAUCCACUUGUGGUCCAAAUAUGCAAGAAGAGUUAGAUACCGUUAAAGCACAAUUGCAAGCACUAGUAUCCUAUAUUGCUUCUAAGGAAGGAGGUAAAAUUCCAGUGGAAUUGACUGGAAUAUUCCCGACUCAAAAAAUUUCACAGGGAUUGGAUCAAGGGAGUGAGAUUCUAUCACCAAGAGAGUUAGAAAGUAGGUCUUCUGGAGCAAGCAAUAAAGAAGCAUGA